ACAGGGAGGCAGCAGCUGCACACUCACAGCUGGAUGGAUUUCAUAUUUGAAGUUUGUUGCAGAGGACAGAGCAGAGGGAGAGCAGAGGGUGAGCAGCGGGUCGAGGGGACUCACUUUGCUCCACGUUCAGGUGCGAGGUUAACGGCAGUGCAGCGCCGCAGCCGCCGGGGAGAACCGCUUCAUGUUAAUGAGCGGGUUUAAAAAAGAUUUUGAAUUCACACAAAGCUACUGAGUCCAGACACACGGAAUCAUGAUGGAAUCUAUCUUAGACAGUUUGACCGCGGAUAAACUCUAUCCGUCUGCAGGAGCCAACCUGUUGGACCUGGAGGAGCUGAGCGACGGAGAUUUUCUCACUAAUGUGCCUUUCUCAGGUGACCAGAUGGACGACUUCAACAGUGAAUUAUUCAGCAGUUUCUUUGACGAUCAUCUAUUAGAGCGACCACCCCUACUGGCAGACAGACCCUCACUUUUACACAUGGACAUUGACAGCAGCCCAGAUAUUCAAGCAGAGCACAGCUACUCUUUGAGCGAAGACUCCGCCCCCCAGAGCCCAGCCCUGUCAAUCAAAAUGGAUCAAGAGUCUGAGUUUGAAUGGAGCUUCAAUCAGGACCUGUCGGCCAUCUUGGUGAAGCAGGAGGAACCCGAUGUGGGUCAAAGAUUAGAUCCUCAGCCUUUGGAAGGUCCGCCUCUCAUAUUAAACCCUGCCCCCCCACACAGAGGAUCAACUUGGAAACAUACGGAGCACAGUCAAGAUGAAGUGAAGCCUGUGGCAAUAAAAGAUGAACCCAGGGAGAGUGGACAGUAUCUCAGCGUGCCCAGUGAUGAUGCUCUCCAGCUCCCACCCACCCCUCCUAGCAGUAACCACGGUGACAGCGACGGCUCCCUCCCUCCCUCCUCGCCUCAUCUCCCCCUGCCGCCGUCCUCACCUCAGCCACAGCAGAGGCCAGGAGGUCGUGCCUCUUCCUCCUCCUCCUCCUCCUCAGCCAUCUCCUCUUCGCCGCUCCUCACUGCACCACAUAAGCUGCAGGGUUCAGGACCUCUCAUGCUGACAGAAGAAGAGAAAAGGACACUGGUUGCUGAGGGUUACCCAGUACCCAACAAACUUCCACUCACCAAGAGUGAAGAGAAGGCACUGAAGAGAGUCCGGCGGAAGAUUAAAAAUAAGAUCUCAGCUCAGGAGAGUCGGAGGAAGAAGAAGGAGUAUGUGGAAUGUCUGGAGAAAAAGGUGGAGAGCUACACGUCAGAAAACAGUGACCUAUGGCGAAAAGUAGAAAACCUGGAGACAGCCAACAGGUCUCUGCUGCAGCAGCUCCAGAAGCUCCAGUCGUUGAUUUCAGGGAAAGUCGUUUCCCGCUCCUCGAAAAUGGCCUCAACUCAGACAGGAACGUGCCUCAUGAUGAUGGCCGUGUGUUUUGUCCUGGUGUUAGGCUCCUUCUCCCCAUGUCUCUCUUCCCUCUCCUUCCUCACCCAAACUUCUUCCGCCGUCUCCUCCUCCUCCUCCUCCUCCUCUUCCUCUCCUCCUCUGCCGUCGGCGGAUCUGUACACCACCAGUGCGGUCCGUUCCCGCAGCCUGCUCUUCUACAACGAAGGCUCCCCAUUGGAGGAGAGCUUAGCUACAGAAGGGGAGAGGCCACAGUCAGAGGCCCACAUCCAGAUGAGCCGUUACACCGCUGAUGCCCACAGGAACCACACGACCAAGCCCGAGUUAGACCGCAGAGAAACAAAACCAGACGGAGCCUCCGAGUUUUUCUGACAUACUCUGUGACCCCUCCCUCCCAUGACCUGUCACCUCUGACCCAACAAAACAUCCCCAAAGAGCUCCGGAUUCCGGAAACCACCAGGUCUUCUAAUCAACAUCCACCAGGAUGAAAACUGAAAAUAUCAGCCUUCAUCGUCAUCAUCUUCUUCUUCUUCUUCUUCUUCAAUUCUCUGCUUCAACAGUCUGACUUGACUUGAUUUUAAAGGGACUCAUAAUUAGAAUUCCCAUUUGUAUACAGUCAAAUAUAAUGUAAAUUUAAAAACCCAACCAGUUUAAACAACCAUGAAGAUUUUUUUUUUUGUCUAUUGGCUUCUCCGUCUCUAGGGGGCGCAUAUGUUUGUUUCGGCUGGACAUAACCCUCUCUUUUAUCUGGGUUUGGAACCAGCACCAGGAGUGCACUGAUGUGUGUCCCCCCUCAUGGCUGCGGUCCAUUUAGAGUGUCCAUUGAGCCAUGAGCCAUGGGCCAUGGGGAUUGGGUACCCCAGCCCUUAACCUGACAGGGACUCGAACCAACAAUCCUUUGGCUGCAAGCAACUUUAGCCACUCCUGAAAUUUAGCAAGGAGCAUCAUGGGAAAUGUAAAUUUCAUAUGUUUAAAACCACUUGUUUUAUUCCCACCAUUGGUUUCAGUUUUAUAUUCAUAUGAAUGAUCAACUCAUCUAUAUAUAUUUUUUUAUUAAUUUGGAAAAAAUAGUUAAAAAAAAAAGAUUGUUAAAUGACCCAAAGACAUUUGUUUUCAAUUAUUGAAUCAAAGAAAAGGUUGAAAUUAACCUUUAAAACGUUUAUUGAAUAACCACCUCAGUGCUUGAACUCUUUUCUCCACAACAGUGCAUUUAAAAUGUGUCUGUACACAUAACACAUAACCAAAGUCCAAACAAACACGUGCCAUUUUCAAAGUGCCUUUCACUUCACUUCUCAUUAACUCUUUUUAAACUUUAAUAUCUAUUUUUUGCCACUAUAGCUGUAAGUUAUUUUUCCCUGUGGUGAGAAAGAGUGUUGACGUGGGGUCCACACACGGAGGUCGGGGUGAGCACGAAAAAUAUUUUUAUGGAAUUAUGAAAGAAUUGUAUUUGUAAUAUAUUUGCAGCAUCGAAAAAAAGAGCAUAUUUAAUUUAUGCAACAAAAAAAGGGAACUUUUUUUUAAAGCUUAGUUUAUGUUAUGUCAUUUUUUUUUUUCUAAAUAAUGUAAUGUAAAACCCCACAAAAAUACAACUUAUAUAAUAUAUUCUGAGCAUCAAAAAAAAGAGCAUAUUUAUUUUAUGCGGAAAAAAAAUGAAUGUUGUGUUAUGGCAUUUAGGAUGAUGUGAAGUUUUAGGAGAUGGUGUGUAGUUUACAUGAUGUUCCAUGGUUUUGUAACAUGAUUGACAUGAUCUGUUUUGUGUCUUUUAACUGUAAUACAGAGACUCUGUUUCGCUGCUGUCGCAUGAAAACCAUUUUUUUCUUAAAAAUGCCAAAAAAAUAUAAAAUUAUUAUCCUUCAACUAAUGUUAUUUUCCCAACAAACUUGUAAAAACAUUAAGAGAAUAAUUAAAUAUGAUUGUUUUUAUGGUAUAAACUGAUUUUAAAGCCACUAAACAGCUGAGAAAACGGCUAAAAACAUGAAUAUGAAAGAGCUCAUGCGACAGCAGUGCAUAUGUUGUAUUUAUUCCUGUGUGUAGAAAGUGUGUAUAUAUUGAUGAAGCCCAUCAGUGGACCAAAAACAUUCCAGGAAUUAAAACACAGAUUAGUUUUUUCCAAUUUGAGGCGACACCAUGACAUUUUCAUUUUAUUUUUUUUAUUUUUUUAAUUCAUCACCACUUUUCAAAAAAUGUGAGAACAAGAAUAAUAAUAAUGCUCUGCAAAAAAAUGUCAUGGUGUUGCUUUCAAAUUAAAACGUCCUAGUUCAAGUUGCUCACUAUAAAACAACCAGAAAUACAAUUCUUUAUCAAUUAAAUUUUGCGUUUCUCAUGCUGUCAAUACCAUUUGACUGCGACCACUCGCUCACCCACUCGGUCAUUCUAAUCCCUUAAACAGUCUCAGCGCACCAGUGUACAUAAAUAACAACAACCUAAUGUGCAGAUGUUGUAAAUAAAGGGCCUUGUUUUUGUAUUGUCACAUAGUCCAAGACUUUAAACCUGUGGAAUGGAGAGGGAAAAAUGGGGAAGGGUUUAAAAGAAAUUACAGUAGAGGGUGAUUUUUUUCCCACUCAUAAAGAAACCUGGAUGACAGUAGCUUCACACAGUUUGAAUAGUUGUCUCCAGACUACAGAGGGCACUAGAGAAUUCCACAGAGAAUAAUCUGGGACUUUCUGAGGAGCUCAGUUGUUUGAAAUGUGUUUGAAUAUAAUGUCGUCUUGGUUUGUUGUAUAGAGCCGUGCAUGUUCCUUUAUACCUAUAUAUGUAUAUGUGGAUAUAUGUAUACAUAUAUAGAUAUAAAUAUAUAUAAGUAUGUUAUCUUAGUGUAGCCAGUAGAAUAGAAUACAGCAAAAUAUUAAAAAACUGCAUCAGCAA